GGCUUCAUAGUGACUGGCUGGUGGUUGACACAGUCCUGGGCAGAGAGCUGGUGUAAGGAAGGGAGGGGGUGAAUAAAGCAGAUCUCAGCUUUUGUAUUUCACAGCCUGCCUGAUAUCAACCAGUUCUAAUUCUACCUUCUUCCUAAGCGCAAGCUUCAGCUGAAUUAAAACAAAGAGCAUUAUGCUGCAGUGCCAGGGAACAGAAGUUCCUGCCUGAUUUGUGUGUUCAUUCCUGUAUGCCCUUCCCGGUACACCAUCUGGAUAAAAAGGUAAUAUUUCUCUGACAUCUGACAUUACAAGAGCUUAUUAAAGAAGUAGACUGACAGUUACCAGGUACCUUACCUUUUUGGUGGACGAGGAAGUAUGACGGACAAUAGGCAGGAUGAGCCCAAGGCCACCCACUGGGCACCUGGGCAGCUCAGCGAGGCCUCUCCUCUCCCACAUGCCACAGAUAUGAAGGAACAAGGGGGAGCAGGGGAGGGAAUGGUCCACAGCUCCAAUGGGAUUCCCUUCAGAGAGGCAGAGGAAAGAGCAUAUGGGGAGCGGGAUCUGCCGGCCUCUCAUUCAGCUGGUAAAGAGAAUGGCAUCAAUGGAGAAAUGUCAUCGGCAGACUCUGCAGAGGAGGUAUCUGCACGAAUAGUCCAAGUAGUAACUGCUGAUGCUGUAGCGGUCCUGAGAGGUGAACAGGAGAAGGAAGCCCAGCUCAAAGGCCCACCAGGAGAUCCUCCUUUAGCUGUUGAAGAUACGACCAACCUUCCUCCUUCUCCUCCACCAUCGCCAGCUUCAGAACAGAUGGGUACAAUUGAGGAAGAAGAGAUGGUUAAGGGACCUUUUCAUGAGGAGGAAGAAGAGAAAAUUCAGGGGGCAGAAGGCAGUGAGACUGCAGUCUUGGAACUCAGAGAGAACCAAGCUAUUUCAGGCUGUGAUGUCAAAAAGCAACAUGAAGACAUUGUUGUAGACGAAACAUCUGAUGUGAAAAGCAUAUCUAAAAGCACUACAGAAUCGACAACUGUGGUAUUGCCUUCCUUACCAGAGGAAGAUCUUCUUACAGCCUCGAAGAUAGCAGCACAAGAAACAUUGGAAUCUACUCCUCUCUCUGUUGAAGCCAUACAUUCUGUUGAAGAUUCAUCACCAACUAAAAGUGGGAAAGAUAUAAAGCAAGACACCCUGGAUCUGCAUACACCUGAGAUUGAAGAUAAGCGACUGCCUCCGAUGCCUUUAGAGGAAAUUACAAGUGGGCAGAUUGGAUUUGAACCCCACCAUGUUCAUACUUUCUCUAUUGAGCCAUGCACCCCAACAUCACCAAAUGUUCCAAAACAUAACUUGUAUGACAUACCAGAUGAGAGCUUAACACUUGAAUGGAGCACAAUCCAAGAUACAAGCAAAGAUUCAUCUAUGAGAGACAAAGAUGACUUUUCAGCAACUGAAAAAAAUAUAGAAGCUGAAAUUCCAAUUUCUACCUUAACUAUAAAUGAAAGUGAAAUCCCUUUAUCUCUAGAUAAAGCUGAAGGUCAUCAUACUGAAGAUGAAUUUUCUUCACAUACAGAUUCAGUUUUGAAAGACCUUCCAAACAUAGCCAACACAGAGCUGUCUAAUAAUGCCUCAGCCAGUACCGUGGAUACAUACAGAGGUGAACAUGUUCUUUCAGAUGAGCAAGACGUGAUUUCUGAAAAACCCAAUUUAGAUAGUAUGCCUUCAACUUUAGUUUCCAGUAAUCUAAGUAAUGAAGCCUAUCAAGCAGAUGUGAAAGAUGAUGGUGAUGUUAUGUCAGAUGUGUUGAAAUCACAUUCAACAGAUGCCAUAGCAGUUCCACCAAAACAGUAUGAAACUGAUACUUCCAAAUCUAGUGAUAGUGCAGUGCAAAGCAAAGAUACUGUAACUAAAGAAUCUGACAAAAUAUCAUUGGACAGUGAAGUGGAGGGUCCAAUAAGCCCAAAGGAAUCUGCCAAAGUUGAUGAGGAAUUUGUUUCAGAUAGUUAUGAUGCAACAAAGAAAAAUGACAAAGACCUAUUAGAAGCUACAGAAAUGAAAGGUGAAAUGUCUGAGCUACCUCUAGAAAAUGUAAUUUCUCAACUGAAAGAUGAAAAGGAAACUGAAGAACAAAAAUCACCUGUUUCUGAGGAUAAGUCAGGAAUGUCCACAUAUUUUGAGACAUCUGCUUUAAAAGAAGAAAUAGACAGAGAAAUUCAGCAAAGUAGUGAUUAUUAUGAACUUACUGAUGUCAAAGAACCACAAUAUGAGGCUUGCUCUAUCCCUCAUAUAGCUAAAGAAGAGGAAGAUGAAGAGAGUGGGGACUUAGAGCAAGUCACCAAAGAAAAGGUCAGUACUUCUGCUCAUGAAGUAGGCUACAGCACUCUCACUUCUGGAAAGCUUCAAGCAAGCAUUUAUUCAGGGGAUCGCCUGUUUACUAUAGAUCCAAAUAUCUAUGCGGAUAAAUCAGAAUUUCUGAGUAAAAACAAAGAUGAUCUAACACUCAGUCGCAGCUUAGGACUUGGUGGAAGAUCAGCCAUUGAACAAAGAAGCAUGUCCAUAAACCUUCCUAUGUCCUGCCUUGACUCCAUAGCACUGGGAUUUAGCUAUGCUCGUGCUCAUGAUCUUUCUCCCCUAGCUACAGAUAUUUUGUCUAACACAAGUGGGAGCAUGGAUGAGGGUGAUGACUCUGAUUUACCUGCCACAACACCAGCUCUAGAGAAAGCUAUUUCUUUCCCAGAAGAGCAAGAGCACAAGCGAGCAGAAGAGGAGGAGGAGGAAGAGGAAAAUAAUGAUGCAGAGAAAUCCACAGAAAAGGAAACAUUUGAGUUAGAGCCACUGUGUGAGUCAGAUUAUCAGGCUAAAGAAUAUUACAAAAACGGUACCAUCAUGGCACCAGACUUGCCUGAAAUGUUAGAUUUAACUGGAUCACGAUCCAGGCUAGAUUCAGCUAGUGCAGAUUCUGAGACUGCAAGAAGAAAAUCUGGAAUAUCUGAAAUUAUUAUUGAUGAAAGUUGUGUACUUCAGGAAUCUACAAUUGAGGGAAGUAACCUUUUGGUAAAGACAGAUAGUCAGCAAGAAGAAUUUGGCUAUUGUGUUUUUAAUAAGUACACUGUUCCAUUGCCUUCCCCUGUACAAGACAGUGAGAGCCUUGGAGGAGGGAUGUCAACACUUUAUGAAAGCCUUGCUGUAGAUCCUUCCAUUAUUCAGGUUAAGCUAGCAGCGGCCGAAAAAUUUGGAAUAGAGGGACAAGAUAUAUCCAGUGAAACAGUUUGUUGGGAGGCAGAGUUAGAGAAGAAAGUCAGUGAGAUUAAGCUUGACACAGUUGUAGAAAAAAGUGAGGAGCAAAGUGAUUUAAAAGAGGUAUCUGAAAUCGCAGAUUUUAUAAAGCCUGAAUCUACAGAUACACCUUUAAAAGAGAAAAUAGAAGGUCCAGAAGAAGAAUUAUGCAUAGCACAGUUUGACAAAAAAUCAGUAGAAGAGUCAGGAGAACAAUUUCCACAAGAAACUGAAGAAAGAAAAUCCUCCCCUGCCGAUAUUUCUGGUGCAGAAAUAGAGGCCCCAUCUGAAAAAGCAAUGGUUUCUGCUGAAGACACUCAAAGUAAUCUUGAGACUUCAGAACUUAUUAAAGAUGCAUCACAUCUCAAGAAUGAGAUUCAAGAAAAGAUUGGCAUUGCAGAGGAAGAUAAUGCAAUAGAACUUGAUUCCAGUUUGAUCAAAGAUAUCAAAGAAACAGAUGUUGAAGAGGUUACAGUUUCUAAAGAUGAGACAAAGCUUCUUGAAAGUGACUUGAAAGAGAAGGGUGCAAAGCCUGACUUGGUGCAUCAAGAAGCUAUGGAUAAGGAAGAAUCCUAUGAAUCUAGUGGAGAACAUGAGCAGUCUCAGGAACCAGCAGAUGAAGUGUCUAAAGAUACAUCUCUUGUGUGUGCAGAUGUGCAGAAAGAAGACAAAGAAGAUACAGCACCAGAAUCCCAAAUGGAAACCCAAAUAAUGAUUUCUUCUAAAGAUGAUCUUAAAGAAGAGGAGGCAGAUGAAAUGCAAACUGAAUGCCUAAGUGAGCCUCAGGAUGAGCAAGUGGUAGAGGUCAGUGUCGAAAAGGAAAUGCCAAAGGAGGAGAUACAACAGCAGUUAGAUGAAGAAUAUGAUGAAGAUAGAAAUAAGACUAAAGAAACAGGAGACAAUGAGAUAACAUCAGAUGCUCCAGAGCAAGAAACAGAAGCACAGGUACCCAACGAAGAGCCAGCUGUAGUUUUCACAGAUGAUGUAGUAGAAGUAAUUGAGUCUGUAGUCACAGUGGACGAGGGUUUCAUUCAAGUAGUACAGACUGCUGUAGAUGAUAGUGAAAUUAUGGCUCAUAGUGUGCGUUUUGCAACUUCAAUGCCCGUAGAGAGUGAAGAAAAACCUGAAAUAGAGGAAGACAUAGAAGAAGCAAAGGAUGAACCAAGAGAAGGAUCACCUUGUGCACCAGCCUCCCCACAGAAAGAGGACACUCUGUUUACAGACUACAAGACAGAGACACAGGAUGAUUAUAGAGAUGAAACAACAAUUGAUGAUUCAGUGUUAGACACAGACAGCAUUUGGGUGGAUACUCAAGAUGAUGACAGGAGCAUUAUGACUGAAGCAAUAGAAGCCAUCCCUAAGGAGGAGAAGGCAGAAAGAGAUUUGCAGAGGACAUCCACUGAGAAAUAUAGGAAAGAAAAACCUUUAAAAUCUGGGCGUGCUCGAAUGUCUACUCCUGAGAGGAAAAUGGCUAAAAAGGAACCAAGUGCAACCUGCAGAGAUGAAGUGAGAAGGAAAAAAGCAGUACUUAAGAAAGCUGAAACCGCUAAAAAAACAGAUGUUCAGCCCCACUCCCCUUCAAGGAAAAUAAUUUUAAAACCCGCUGUCAGACAGUCUAGACCCACUCAUCUGUCCUGCGUGCGGAGGAAGCCGGCAGGGGGAGAAUCGCAACAGACCCCUAGUGCCCACCGACAUCCCAGAGACCGAACUAUGGAUGGGGUUUCCAAAAGCCCAGAGAAACGAUCAUCCUUGCCAAGACCUUCCUCCAUUCAUCCAAUCAGGAAAGUGUAUCCAGACAAAGAAGACAAUUCCUUUUCCACCAGCACAUCUGUCUCUUCUUCAGUGAGGCGUACCACAAGGUCUGAACCUAUCUGGAGUCGAACAGGAAAGAGUGGCACCUCAACACCUACAACACCAGGAUCUACUGCUAUUACUCCUGGGACACCACCCAGUUAUGCCUCUAGAACUCCUGGCACACCAGGCACACCCAGCUACUCGCGCACACCUCGUACUCCCGGAACACCCAAAUCUGCCUUGUUGUACUCUGAAAAGAAAGUGGCCGUGCUUCGCACUCCUCCAAAAUCUCCUUCAACACCAAAACAAAUCCGAAUUAUGAAUCAACCUCUGCCAGAUCUAAAGAGUAUUAGGUCCAAAAUCGGAUCAAUAGACAACAUAAAAUAUCAGCCUAAGGGUGGUCAGGUUAAAAUCUUAAGUGAGAAGAUUGAUUAUAGUGAUGUUCAGUCUCGUUGUGGUUCCAAGGAUAACAUCACUCAUAAUGCAGGGGGAGGACAAAUCCAGAUUGUAAGCAAGAAGAUAGAUCUCAGCCAUGUCACAUCCAAAUGUGGAUCUCUGAGGAAAAUACGCCACAGGCCAGGUGGUGGAAAUGUGAGGAUUGAAAGUGUAAAACUUGAUUUCAAGGAUAAAGCACAUGCUAAAGUUGGCUCUUUAGACAAUGCCCAUCAUACGCCAGGGGGUGGCAACAUCAAGAUUGACAGCCAGAAGCUGCAUUUCAGAGAGCAGGCGAAAGCCCGCGUGGACCACGGAGCUGAAAUCAUCAGCCAAUCGCCAGGUCGUUCAAGUGCGGCCUCUCCUCGACGUCUUAGCAAUGUGUCCUCUUCUGGAAGCAUCAAUCUCUUAGAAUCUCCACAGCUUGCUACUCUAGCAGAAGAUGUCACUGCAGCCCUCGCGAAACAGGGAUUAUGAAUGUUCUACUUUAGCAGUGAAUGAAAUUAAAUAAUUAUAAGAAUAAUAUGAAUAUUAAUGAUUAUAUUUAAAGCAUGAGCUCUUGGCAGGAUUUGGGCUCAGAGCAGGUGUCAUUCAUUCCUUAUCAGAUUCCUAUAAAAAUAAACCAAACACAGUUUGACUAAACCUAUGUAAGUGUAGGGUUUUUACACAAUAUUCAUAAUGCUCUCACAAAGAGUCACAUUCUAUUAUAUGCUGCUCACAGGGUAGAUUUUCUGGCAAUAGACUCAAAGGUAUUUUCACGGUAGUUUAUCAUCAGUCACUGGCAGAAUACCAACUUUCAAAGACAGUAUUAGGAUAAUUCCAAAGCAUAACCUAAAUCACUGCUCUUGACCAUAUUUGCAUGGAGCCCUACAUUUCUUGUUGUAAGCUCAACAUGUGCCUGCCAACCAUCUAAACAAAGUUUGCAUAAGAGCCAUGUAUAUUCAGAAAGGCUGAUCAUGUUCCUGUUCAGUUUGAUAUUGGUCCAGCUGUUGCAUCAUUGAAAAUGAUCCUAUUGCUUUCUGCUUUAGAGGCUGAGAGGAGAAUACGUACACACUCACGUCCAAAUAAAGAUGGCCAUUUCACUGUGGUAAAAAACAUACCACCAACAUAGAAAAUGUGCAUCAAAGGAAAUAGGGAGGCAGCGUUGUAAGGGAAGAAGCUACCAACAUAAAGCACUUGUUUUAAGACUGGAAAUUAUAUAUUAGGUAGCCUCUUGGCUGCUAAAAAGGCGUGCACUGUGUUUUUAGGCAAUAACGUGCAAGCCCUUUGAAGCAGAAGAACUCAUACAAAUAACAAUUAGCUUUGUGCAUAGGCAAACAUUUCCGUCAGUUUUUUUUCUUCUUGUUUGAUACAGUAUUAUUAUUCUAGAUGUAUAUAUAUUUCUCUGUGGCCAUGUUUUCAUUCAAUCUCCUAAACCUUUCAUACACUUGAAACUUUUCAUUUCUUAAUCACAGUAUCUGUGUCUGUUGCACCAUUUGGUAAAGCAGUUUUAGGUAGGCAUAAUGUUAGGAAGCUUCUCUUUUUUCCUAUAUAAAAAUUUUAAAAAAAACUACAAAUAUAUAUAUAAAAAAAAAGAAAGUAAAAAAAACUAAAACGGAAAAAAAAUGCAGAGCUCUUUAGCAUGAAAUAGCUGUAUGGGGUGCUGGGGAGUGCUGGCUGUCAUGGUUCAACUUUCCUUUCUAUGCUAGGAUAGUACAAAAACAAAGUGACUUUGCUUUCCUCGAGCACCUCAUUUUUAAAGGGCUGCAAUGUGAGUCGAUUCUGGAUUUCACCCCUAUGACAUGUCUGAUUCCUUAUUCCCUCUAAGAGAGAAUCGCAAACAAGGCUGUGCCUGUUUUAUGUUCCCCAUUUGUUAAAGCUUAAACCACAUCAGAAUUGCACUUUUGUAAGCAGGUUGACUUAUUAGUAUAAGGGGAGAGUGAUUCAAAGACGUGUUUGUAAAAGUUUUAGGCUCUGGAAUAAUUUAGAGUAUGUAGUAACCCAGUUUCAGCUGUAUUACAGUGUAUCAAACAGUGGACAGUUUUGCAUCUACUGUAUAUUAGUGAAUGUUUUGAGUUUACUCUUUAUGUCAAAACAAGUUGCCUCUUCAUGGGUGGCAGGCUUUCGACACCAGUACAGGUCUGAGUUAAUGUUCUGCAAAUGCCUCUUUAAAGGUUUAUCAAGGGAUUCAUAUAUUCAGUUAGGGGGCACAUGACAUGCUAUGUCAUUUCAGCUUUUCUCAAUAAGAAAUUUGACAAAAGUUAAAUUUUAAAAAAAACCUGUACUCAGUGAGCAGACUGAGCUUGCAUGAAAAGUCUCAACACAACUGUACAAUUCUCUACUUUUGCAUGCCUUACUGGCAUAUAUAGUGUUGUUCAAUAUAUCAAUAUCGCUGAUCUGUGGCUUUCUGACAGUUCCUGCACAGUUCCCAGCAUUAAAAUAAGGUAUAAAUGAGAGAUUAUUCAUGCCAGGAAGUAAGGCAGAGACACUCCUGUUAAGUGGUCAAUUUCCCAAUAAUCACCAUACCAAAACUGUGUGUGAGUGCAAAGCGAGGCCCCUUAAAUUCUGCUCAAAGAGGACAGGAGCAUGUGUCAUAUUAGAAAUCAAGACUUUUUAGCCUAUGAUAUAUUUUUUAUUAGUAUGGAGGUGCCUUGAAAGUAGACAGUUAAUAUUAGCAUAUAUCAGUAGCAGCCACCAACAGGCAACUUUUCAUGUUCCUUUUUACUGCAUCCUGGUCAGUUCAAUAAACUUACAGCAGCUAAAAAUAAUACUAAAUGAGAUUUUAUGAUUUUUGAUGGAAUAGUCAGUGCUGUUUAAAACAGGACCUUGUAGGAAUAAACACUUAAUACCAGAAAUAAUUUAUCGCUGUAAUAGGCUGAGCUGCUUGCACUUUCUCAUCAGUGAUGCUUAUGAACAGGCAAAUUAUUGAUCAGUCAUAUAAUGUGCAUCCAGUUUCUAUCUUCAUGAGGGACGCUCAGCCUACAUAAUUGGCCAAGCAUCAGUUAUCACAAUCUGAUGAAGGAACAACUAGUUUACCUGUACUUUUUGUUUAUACAGAACCCUAGUUAUAAAAUACAACUAGCUGACCAAGUUUGGAAAAUGUUGUUCCUUCCCAAUCUCAAUAAUGUGAUUAAGCAAUCAGUAUAUGAAAGAACAUUCUUAAGUAACAUGUACAGUAGAUGUCAUCUAGGCAUCGACAAAACAUAUAAACAGCGGAGUCAUUGUAAGUAAGUUCUAGGUGAAAUGGGCUUUUGAAUUCUUGGUCCAGUGAUGGAAUCCGAAUGCUCUUUCAAGUGAGGAACUCCUGGCACAAAGUCAGAUACCAACCAUUCUAUUUUACUGUAAAAAAAAGCAAUGCUAGCUGCUACAAUGUUCUUACUACAUAUGCAUGACGGCAAACUUGCAGCAAAGGAGCCAAAGGGCUGCAGUAUAUCAUAGUGAAUACAUUUUUGAUUGAUAUGUAUAUUUUAGGAGUUUUGCUCUAGAGCUGCCUUUUUUACAUUGUGAUCUGUCACUCCUCAUUAACUAAAAAAUGAUGACCAUGGCAACGUUGAUAUUGGUGGCAAUCAUUUACAGUAUAUUUAAACCACUGGCUAAAAGGCAAAGUUACCAACAACUGUGCCAUUUAUCACUAGAAGAGAACUGUAGAUGCACAUCCUUUUCUAAAACAUUCUUGGACAGUACAACCCUUGCAGAUUCUGUCCAGCUUCACUGUGCACUGCCUGCAAGUUCAUAAAGUAAUUACCCAUUUUCUGUUGGGGAAAACAGGUUGGGAUUACUUUUUUUUAAAAAAUGGAUUAGUACUUUGUAGAGUGUGCAAAUUGCACUCAGUAAUGUGACCUUCAAAGACCAAUAAAAUUUACCUUUAACGACCAACUUUAGCAAAUGGGAAAAAUAGUGCAUUGCCCCCUGUGAUCUGUUUCCAGGGGUGCAUAGUUCUGACAACCCAUGCAUUUACCUUAUAUCGUUAAUGCCUGCACAGAUAAUGAGGUGUUCAACGUAUGGCUGGUGGUAGCUAGUUUAUGUUUUCAAUCCAAUUUGCAGAUGUAUUUGUUGCUGUAUAGUGAUCGUUUUGCAAAAUAAAACUGCUUGUCAUGGUCUGAA